UGGAAGGAGUGCAUAACCAAUGAGAUUCCCAUCCCUCACCCUGCAGUGAGAAUCUAUGACAAUGAAGGCAAUUUGCAAUUCAUAAAAUAUACAGGGUUUCUAGAAGAUGAUGAUUCCACUGAUCAUGAGACUAGUGACGAAGAAGUAAAUGAAAAUGACACCAUGUACGAAAAUGACAUUUCUGACAUUCAACAAGAUGAUGAAGAACUUGAAGACAUUCAUGAUUUCCAGCAAGUGGGAGAAUAUCUUAUGGAGUGUGAACAAGAAGAAAAUUUGGACGAGACUUGUCAUAACGAAGAAGACUCCUUAACAGAGCAGGAGUUGUUGACACCAAGAAUUGAAAGUCUGGCAGGGAAGGAGCUUACCAAUUCAACUCCUGCAGUUGUUGCUCAGGCUACGUCUGCUGAAUCUUGCCAGCUCAAGACAACACUGGCUAAAUCUGUAUCAAAGGUGUUAGGUGAAACCAAAGAAGUAAAAACACUAGACUCAAUGCGUAUCAAGCUCAAGAGCAACCUUACAAGAAAAGAAGACUAUGAAGCUGCUUUGGCCAUUGUACAGACCAAGGUGCUUGCAAAGCAUUCAGUUGUGAAGCAGCAGUUUAAGAAGUGGGAACAGAAUUUCUUCUUGGAGCAUGAGUGCACUGAGCCAAGUCCUGAGGACAUACGCAAUGAUAGACAAGGGCAUGAUUUCUACAAGACCUUAAGGCUAUGUAAACAGCUUUUACAGCAUUGGAACAUAACAGUACACAUGUAA